AUGGCGGAGAAGGAGGGGGCGAAGGUUGGGGCGGAAGAGAUGGAAGAGCGGGAGCAGGAAGGGCAGGCGGAGGAGGUGGAGGUGAAGUUUCGUCUCUUCGACGGCUCUGACAUCGGCCCCGUGCGCUGCAACGCCGCCGCCACCACCGUCGCCGCCCUCAAGGAUCGCGUCGUCGCCGACUGGCCCAAAGAUAAAUCAAUUGUCCCAAAGACUGCUAGUGAUGUGAAACUAAUAAGUGGAGGCAAAAUUCUAGAAAAUGACAAGAAUAUUGCACAGUGCAGAGCACCUUUUGGUGACCUUCCCAGUAGUGCUAUCACGAUGCACGUUGUUGUUCAACCAUCGUCAGCCAAAUCAAAACCAGGCUUUACUGAGCCAAUGUUCAAGAACUGCUCCCUCAAUUCUUCCUGCUAA